AUGGAGCCAAAGCGCCGAAAACUCUACCACGAGUCCGAUACUCUCUCCUUAUACAGCAACGAGUCUGAGACCGUUUGCCUCUCGGAUACUGAGUCGGAAACAAUCUCUGAGACCAGCUGCCGCACAGUAGCCCAUUUCGCUCCCAGAACUCCGUCAGGAUUCCUCUCUCUCCCGGCAGAGAUCCGUUUCCUCAUCUACCAGUACGCCUUUUCAUCGUCGUCAGAAUGGUCUGAGCUUGUUCAAGUCACAGUCGAACGAGGCCCUUCAGCUCCCCGCCGCGCAGCCUAUAAACCGUCCCCGCACCAAAAGCUGAAUUUGAAGUACACCCGGAGCCCUGCCCUACACCUUCCCGUCGCCCUGCUGGUAACAAACCAUCAGAUAUACCACGAAGCGGUCCCAGUCCUUUUCUCCGGUGUUGUAUUCGGCUUUGCAUCUAAUCCGACUUCUCUGACCUUCCUCCUUGAUCGCUUUUCCAACACUGCCCGCAAUAGUAUACAGUACUUGCGGCUCUACCCCGCACCGCUAUAUGUGCAAAAUGGCCCUCUGGGCGAUCAGCUGUCAUGGGCUGUGUUGUGCGCCCAGGUCGCUCGUCUACCGUCGUUGAGACGGGUCAACGUUGUGUACAAUCGUAUCGAGGAUCUACGGUUAAAUCCGGUCAGGUCUCAGCACGCGCGGUAUGGGAAAUGGCUGGCCAUGAUACGGGCUGAAAAGGAGCCGGAAUUUGAGAGGCAGACCACUGAUGCUGAGAUGGCUGGGUGUCGAAAUCGGUUCUGCGAGAUCAUCGCUCCCACUUGUUAG